ACUUCAGCUAGGUUAUUCAUGGUCAGAUUUCCAGGGGCUGUCAGCUUCUCUGUGUCUCUUUGGGUCCUAAGUAAUUGGAGUCAGUCAAAAUACCCAUAGUGGUGAAACUAUGGCACGUGUACCAGAUUCAUCAUCCAGAGCCCCCUCUGCAUCCAGACCCCAUGUUUCCUCAUCCCAGAAAUCACCAGGGUUGACUAAAAAGCCAGGGCUCUCAUCCCAGAAAUCACCAGAGUUGGCUAAAAAGCCAGGGCUCUCAUCCCAGAAAUCAUCAGAGUUGGCUAAAAAGCCAGGGCUCUCAUCCCAGAGGUCACCAGAGUUGGCUAAAAAGCCAGGGUUCUCAUCCCAGAAAUCACCAUAUUUGGCUAAAAAGCCACAGUUCUCAUCCCAGAAAUCACCAGAGUUGGCUCGAAAGUCAGAGUUGUCAUCCCAGAAAUCACCAGAGUUGGCUCGAAAGCCAGAGUUCUCAUCUCAGAAAUCACCAGAGUUGGGUCGAAAGCCAGAGUUCUCAUCUCAGAAAUCACCAGAGUUGGGUCAAAAGCCAGAGUUCUCAUCCCAGAAAUCACCAGAGUUGGAUCAAAAGCCAGAGUUCUCAUCCCAGAAAUCACCAGAGUUGGGUCAAAAGCCAGAGUUCUCAUCCCAGAAAUCACCAGAGUUGGAUCAAAAGCCAGAGUUCUCAUCCCAGAAAUCACCAGAGUUGGAUCAAAAGCCAGAGUUCUCAUCCCAGAAAUCACCAGAGUUGGGUCAAAAGCCAGAGUUCUCAUCCCAGAAAUCACCAGAGUUGGGUCAAAAGCCAGAGUUCUCAUCCCAGAAAUCACCAGAUUUGGGUCAAAAGCCAGAGUUCUCAUCCCAGAAAUCACCAGAGUUGGGUCAAAAGCCAGAGUUCUCAUCCCAGAAAUCACCAGAGUUGGGUCAAAAGCCAGAGUUCUCAUCCCAGAAAUCACCAGAGUUGGCUAGAAAGCCAGGGUUCUCAUCCCAGAAAUCACCAGAGUUGGCUAGAAAGCCAGAGAGAAGUGAAUCCUGGAUGUCCCCUUCCUCUUCUCCACUCUCCCCCUCUUCUCAACACCCUGGGACCAUCAUCUGCCCCUCUGCCCAGCAGCUCAAAGGGAGUGUUUCCUCCCCCACCUCUGCUGAAACCAAGCCCAGCGCCAAAUUGCCAGAAGGGUUUUUAGGAACCUGGAAACUUGUAGAGACUACCAACUUUGAUAGUUACAUGAAAGAACUAGGAGUGGGUUUUGCCACCAGAAAAGUGGCAGCCAUGGUUAAACCCGACAUGAUCAUCAGUAUUACAGACGAUAUAAUUACCAUUAGAACAGAAAGUACUGUUAAAAGUACUGAGCUUUCCUUCAAACUGGGCCAGGAAUUUGAUGAAGUCACUGCAGAUGACAGAAAAGUCAAGUCUCUCAUAACCGUAGACGAUGGUGUACUGAUUCAUGUUCAGAAAUGGGAUGGAAAAACAACCACAAUAAGAAGAAAAAUAGUGGAAGAUAGGCUAGUAGUGGAAUGCCUCAUGAAAGAUGUUACGUCCACUCGAAUCUAUGAAAGACUCUCGAAGGAGUGAUUUCUCAAUGGACCAAAGCUGCCAAACCACCACUUUUUGUCAUGUGUGUGUUAUUAAAAUCAAUGUGGUUCUUCCUGAUUAAAUUGGGAGAAAUCCCAUUUGCAAAACA